AGAGCUUCCUGGUGGCUUUAGAGAAGGAUGCCCACGAGCGAGCCAGGAGGAGGAAAGAAAAUGAAGCCUUGGCAAAUGCCCUGAAAGACCAAGGGAACGACGCUUUCAGCAAAGGGGACUACGCUUCAGCUGUGCAAAACUACACAGAAGGCCUGAAGAAGCAAAAGGACGUGCCAGCCUUGUAUACCAACCGAGCCCAGGCCUACAUCAAGUUGCGGAAGUACGAGAAAGCCAUUAGCGACUGCAGCUGGGCGUUGAGGUGCGAUGAAAAAUGCACCAAGGCUCUCUUCCAUAUGGGAAAGGCCCACCUGGCCAAGGAGCAGUUCCAGCAGGCCAGAGAGUGCUACCUGAAGAUUUUAGAAAUUGACCCCCAGAAGGAGAAGCUGUGCAAAGACUGCAUACAUAAAAUAGACCUGGAGGAAAAAAAACUCUGUGAGGAAGAGAGAGCAGAAGCAGAUUUCAAGUCCGGGAAACUCACUGCAGUCACCGUGAAUGAGAUGCUUCAGAAACUCAGCAAGCCGGAUCAGGACCCUCUUUAUUAUGCAGGUGGCAUUCGGCUUCUGACGGACCUAGUUCAAGCCUGCACCGAGCAAACUUUAUUUAGGACGAACGGCGGUUUCAGCAUCAUCUCCGACAACAAGGUCAUAGAACAGGUCCUCGGCGCCAAGAUCAGCUCGCCUGCCGAACUGGAGCUGCUUCGCUCCCUGCUUCUCCUCUGGCAAGCCGUCUGCAAAGGGAACGAGGAGAACCAGCGGCUGCUUCUAACUCAUCCCGAUGUGAAUGCGCAGCUUCCCGCUUUGCUGUGCUCGGAGGCGCCUGAAGUCCAGGAACAGUGCAUGGCUCUGCUGUCUCUCUUCGCGGAGACUGAGCACGGGAGGAUCCUCCUAGUCAGACAUCUGAACACCACCAAGUGGCUACAGACAUUGAUAUCCUUAGUUAAAGUUGCUGACAGCAGAGCUGCCAGCGCAAUGAAUUUGCUGACCCACUUAAUCCUGGAAGAAAACUUCAAAAUCCAGUGCCGUAUUAAACUGUCCACAGAGGCCUUGCCAAUUUUUUCUCAAUUGCUGAGCUCUUCCAAGCCCUUGAAGGAGACAGUCCUUAGCCAGUGCAUUGCCCUCAUGGGAGACCUCUGCUCAGACGUGGUCAUCCGGAUGCAGAUGACCGAAAAUCAGGAAUGCUGGCAAGCUUGCUUGAGCUUCGUGAAUCAAUGCUGGACCGAAAACAGUGUCGCCAGAUAUCCCGAGUGUUUGCAUGCAGUCCUAGGCCUAAUGAUGAACCUCUCCCUGGAACCCAACUCAGUCAUCGAGGAACUUGCAGAGGAAAUCUGUGACAUGUGUAUGUCUCUCUUCAACAGUCCAGACGGGAGGAUCAUCACAAGAGCCGUGGGGCUUUUGAGUCACGUCCUGCCGGCAAGUCUGGUGGCUCUGGAAGAAGCUGUGAGACAAGACGUGGUGAGGAAAGCGAUCCGAUUCCUGAAGGCUGGUGGGCAAACCACGACUGGUUAUGCCAUGAAGGUCCUUGCCAUUUGUGCCAAGAAUAGUCGGCUGGCUCUGACGCAGAUUGUGAAACUGGAUAAGAAAUGCAGCCUGUUGCUGAAGCUUCUGUCCUGGCCGAACGAGGGGGUGGCAGGCAACGCUGCUUUCUGCCUGGAGAAAUGUCUGGAGGUGCCUGGCACAGCCACCAAUUUGCUGGACACGGAUGUGGUCAGAAUCCUCUUGAGAGUCACCACAGGGAGUGCCCAAAGGGCUUCCGUGCAGGACAAUGCAGCCAUCGCCUUAGGGAAGCUCUGCGCAGCUGAUGCCAGGCACACCAGCCGGCUGCGGGAGCUGAACGGAAUGGCGGCCCUGAGCGCUUCCGUCAGGAAGAUGCAAGGCUAUUAGGGUGCCAGCAGAUGGUCCAGAGAGGGUUUCUGUGGGCAGCCCUGUCUCGGGUUGGAAUUGUGCUUUCUUUUUACAAUAAGGAGGAUUAAAAAUGGGGUGGGGCAGGGGGAGAGAGAGGGUCAUAAAAAUA